UGAUCCAAUUGAAACACAACAAGUUUAUCUGUGCAACGUGAUUAUGUGAUUUCUGCAAAGCCUUUGAUUCAAAGGAUCUGCCUUACCCACACCAUCAAUAAUAAACACCCCUUUUCCAUAAUCAUUCACAGAUAAUUUAUUAUUAUUACAUUCAUAUCUAUAUCUAUAUCUUCAGGCAGGUGUCCUGCCAAUGCCGAUGGAACCAGAAUCCGGCCCCUCAACUUCUCGAAAUCAUUCUCAGUUUUUCUUGAAUCUGUCACGGAAUUUGUUGUUGGCGUAUCAAAGCUUUGGUGUGGUAUAUGGAGGCUUGAGCACUUCACCUCUUUAUGUUUAUAGAAGUGUGUUUGUCCGCAAUCUUCAUGAUUUUGAAACUCCAGAAGUUAUAUUUGGGGCAUUUUCCUUGAUAUUUUGGACCUUAACUCUGAUCCCUUUUUUAAAAUAUGUGUUUUUCGUUUUGAGUGCUGAUGAUAAUGGUGAAGGUGGGACCAUCGCUCUGUACUCACUACUCUGUAGGCAUGCCAAGUUCAGUUUACUUCCGAAUCAACAAGCAGCCGAUGAGGAGUUGUCAUCUUACAAAUAUGGCCCUUCACAGCCUUCGUCACCUUCACCACUAAAAAGGUUUUUGGAGAAACAUAAAAAACUACGCACAUCUCUACUCAUUGUUGUAUUAUUAGGAGCUUCCAUGGUUAUUGGUGAUGGUGUUAUUACUCCUGCAAUUUCUGUUAUUUCCGCAGUGUCUGGACUUCGGGUUCAAGGUGUCGGACUAGAGCUUACCCAUGGGUCUGUACUAUUAUUGGCAUGUGUGAUAUUGAUUGGCUUGUUCGCUUUGCAGCACACUGGUACUCAACGGGUGGCAAUUGUUUUUGCUCCAAUCGUUAUCUUAUGGUUAAUAUCAAUUUUUGGUAUUGGUUUAUAUAAUAUCAUACAUUGGAACCCAAAGAUAGUAUAUGCAUUAUCUCCACAUUAUAUAGUCAAGUUCUUCAGAGAAACUGGUGGUGCUGGCUGGCUGUCUCUCGGGGGCGUUCUUCUUUCUAUAACAGGCACUGAAGCUAUGUUCGCUGAUCUUGGCCAUUUUACCGCGUUCUCGAUAAGACUUGCAUUUACCGCAGUUGUAUAUCCAUGUUUGGUGAUUCAAUAUAUGGGACAAGCUGCUUAUCUGUCUAAAAACAUUACUUCUGUUCCAGACAGUUUCUAUAAAUCUAUACCCGAACCAGUAUUUUGGCCGGUUUUCAUUAUUGCUACUCUAGCAUCUGUUGUGGGGAGUCAAGCUAUCAUUUCAGCUACUUUUUCAAUUGUGAAGCAAUGCCAUGCCCUUGGUUGUUUCCCGAGGGUCAAAAUUGUCCACACAUCGAAACACAUGUUUGGCCAGAUUUAUAUACCCGAAAUCAACUGGAUUCUUAUGGUUCUUACUCUUUUGAUUGCCGUUGGAUUCCAGGAUACCACUCUAAUUGGCAAUGCAUAUGGCCUUGCUUGCAUGACAGUUAUGUUCAUUACGACUUUUCUCAUGGCACUCGUGAUAGCCUUUGUGUGGCAGAAAAGCAUUCUGUACGCUACACUUUUCCUUCUUUUUUGGUUCAUAGAAGGUAUCUUUCUCUCAGCUGCAAUCAUCAAGGUUCCUCAUGGAGGUUGGGUCUCUCUGUUACUUGCCUCUGUCUUUAUGAUCGUAAUGUAUGUAUGGCAUUAUGGUACCCGUAAAAAGUACAACCAUGACCUACACAAUAAAGUUUCAUUAAGAUGGCUUCUUGGGCUUGGCCCCAGUUUGGGUAUUGUCCGCGUGCCUGGGAUAGGGCUUAUAUACUCGGAGCUUGCCACCGGUGUCCCUUCAAUUUUUUCACAUUUUGUGACAAAUCUGCCUGCUUUUCACAAUGUUUUGGUGUUUGUGUGUGUGAAACACGUCCCCGUUCCUUUUGUUUUGCCGGAGGAACGGUUUCUUAUUGGGCGCAUCUGCCCAAGACCGUACCGUAUGUAUAGAUGUAUUGUGAGAUACGGGUACAAGGAUAUUCAAAGAGAUGACGGGAACUUUGAGAAUCAACUCAUCCAGAGCAUAGCAGAGUUUAUACAAAUGGAAGCGGUGGAACCUCAGUUCUCAAGCUCUGAGAAUACAUCGUUCGAUGGUCGAAUGGCCGUUAUAAGCACCAGGUCAAAUGCUACUUUAAUCGUGUCUGACCAGCUUGACUCAACCGGUUCCAUACAAAGUAGCAAAUCGUUGAUGCUACAACGUUUAAGAUCCGAAUACGAUGAUGAGAACCCACAAGUAAGAAGACGACAAGUGAGAUUUCAGCUGCCACCACCUGGUCCAUCAAUGGAUGGUGCAGUGCGAGAUGAGCUUUUGCAGUUAAUACAAGCUAAAGAAGCUGGAGUUGCAUAUAUAAUGGGACACUCGUAUGUGAAGGCUAGGAGGUCGUCUUCAUACUUAAAAAAACUCGUGAUUGAUAUCGGAUAUUCAUUUCUUCGUAAAAAUUGCAGAGGCCCGGCCGUUGCGCUUCAUAUUCCUCAUAUAAGUUUGAUUGAAGUUGGCAUGAUAUAUUAUGUUUAGGAACAAGAUUUUAGGAUUGCUUGCUCUUUAUUCUUUUGUAAGCAAUAAUAUGAAAUUAGUUUGUAUUGGUUUACUUGAAUACUUGAGAAAAUAUAUGGGGACAUCCUUGUACUUGCCAAAAUAUAUCGGGACGUCGAAUUUUAAUGAA